AUGGGAUAUCCAUCUCAAACACCCCCAUUCAAUGGUUAUAUGCCAAUGGUGAAUGAAAAUUUUCAGAGUGUUGGUGAAUAUCCUAAAUUUUCAUCGCAAAUAAAUCGUGGUGGAAUGACACGAGAUAAUGAAGUUGCUCCAACUCCAGAGGAUACAACUCCUAAUAGCAAGAGAAACCAGCAACCAUCAUGGAACACUGAACAAAAUUUGGUGUUAAUUAAUGGGUGGAUAAAAUAUGGAACAUGCAGUGUUGUCGGGAGAAACCAGACCAGUGAAGCAUAUUGGGGUAAAAUUGCUGAGUAUUGUAACGAGCAUUGCUCAUUCGAUUCUCCGCGCGAUGUAGUUGCAUGCCGAAACCGUUUUAAUUAUAUGAACAAAUUAAUAAAUAAAUGGGUUGGUGCUUAUGAUAGCGCUAAGCGUAUGCAAGGAAGCGGUUGGUCGGAAGAUGAUGUUUUGACAAAAGCCCAGGAAUUAUAUGCAUGUGGGAAGAAUGUUCAAUUUACUUUAAAGGAAGAAUGA